AUGGUUGAUCUGUACGUAAGAAACGGUUGUAUGUGCUACUUAUGCGGAGAGCCUUUUAAUAGACCGCGGGUGUUGGAUUGCGGCGACUCUUUCUGUCACGAAUGUCUGGAUAAGAUCUUGAAGGAGAAUAGAGGCAGCGCUCUAAAGUGUCCCCAAUGUUACCAUCCACUGGACAACCAUAGAGGCAGUCCUCAUAGAGUCCUCAGCAUCGAGGCAGCUAAAAAACGACGCGAGCAAGUGGGAAUAUCGUUGGAAGCCUACUCACGAUCUGUAAAAGAAACAUCAGAAACUUUGAGCAAGAUGAGCGCAUACAUCCAAACAUUUAUCUCCAAUGAUUUGCAGAGGGCUGAAGAUAUCUGCUAUAUUUACCAACAAUCCUCAAUUUAUGAAAGAGAACUGAAAAAAAAGCGGGAAGUGCUAGACGAAGCGCUAGAGGAGCAACGAAUCCUGGUUGCUAGAUUCCACAGAGAGGCCAAAAAAGAACUGGAUGAAAAGUUUACCGCGGUUGAAGACGCUCUGAGGAAAGUUGGCGAUCAGAAUUAG